UGUCAGACUAGAGAGACACGAGACGAUGACAGCCGUCAAGACAUUCUCGGGGAUUCUGUGUCACUGAUUUGACUAUAUAUCUCUGACCGUAGUCCCCUCUGUAACGGAUCUCGCAGUGGGAUCUCUGCGAUUGCAACAGCUCAAAUAGCUUAUCGGCAUCUCGACACGUCAGACAGCCCUUCAUCAUGUGCAUCGUCUUCUGGACUCUCUCGCAUCCAGGAUACAAGCUGAUCCUCGCAUCCAACCGUGAUGAAUACCUUGCACGACCGGCUCUUCCGGCCCACUGGCACACUUUCGGACCCAUCGAAGAGGAUCAAGAGGCUAUUCGCGCUGAAAGCUCAAAGGCGUCGACUGGUGGCAAAGGAUCAGGAGACCAGCAUGCGGAUGAGCCAUGGAUCAUGUGCGGACGAGAUAUGGGAUCGCCAGAAGCGGGAACUUGGCUAGGAAUGACUAAGGACUUGAGGAUUGGGGUCUUAACGAGCAUUCGACAAGGUUUCAAGCGACGUCUGUUCAAUCCUCCCUCACGUGGUGCCCUAGUCAAAGAUUUCCUAAAGCGCAAAGACUAUUCUACAAGUGUCCAUGACCACUUGGCAUCCUUACGAGGUACAGUAGAAGAUUAUGACGGAUUCAACCUCUUGCUGUUCCGGCUUCAUCCUCCGAGUAUCGAUGCCUUGGACCCUGAUCCUCAAAAUGAGGCCAGCGAACAACCAUCCUCAGCUUCCGCCAAAAGUCAAGCAUCGUGGGGUCGACCUGAAGUGGGAUAUCUCAGUAAUCAUCCUUCACAGACCCUCAUGGAUAUCAUGUCGCCCACUCGGGUUCCUACGCCCGUUGCUAGAGAUCGCUCAGAGACGCUCUCAACACCUCUCAAGCUUAAAGGCACAAAAGUAGGCAUGUGCUUUGGUUUGAGCAACUCGAGCAUCUCGCAACCUUGGCCAAAGGUUUCCAGGGGCGAAGCGGAGAUGAGUCAGACAUUGAGAGAAUGGAGUGAAAGGAAGGAAGGGGAAGAAGAAUUGAUCAAGCGAAUGCAGGAUCUCCUUUCCCGCAGUGUGCCUCUGACAUCCCUGGCCAAUGUCAAGGAAUGCACAUGUCUCCACCCCGUCAAGCUUGGUACCAAUCCCGAUGAGCCACUGGAUACGGGACUGGAUGGCAGGUGGUAUGGGACUAGAGUCAGUACCGUUAUCCUGGUAAAGAAUACCGGCGAAGUCACAUUCGUGGAGAAGAGCAUCUUUUACCAGGAUGAGAACGGUGAUGCAGUAGAGGGUAAAGAUGAGAGGGUAUUCAGGUGGAGCGUCAUGUAGCAAGUAGCUUGAAGUCGUGCA